AUGCACUUCCCAUGGAGCGCAAGAGCUCCUAAAAAGAGAAUAGAUACCUUCGAGAAAUCUCGCUUAUCUGCUCAGAAUUCUCAGCAUCUUCGUCCUUCGAGCGCCGAGUUGAAUCCGUUUGAUCCUAACUAUCCCUACAAAGAUAAAGUGACGAUUUUGGAGUUGCCUAGCAUGCCUAGUACGGCUCCGGAAUAUGAUUCCAAUGCUGCCCUUUCCUGUUCGAAAAAAAUUGCUAGAUCAAGAGUUUCGUUUGCAGAAAUUGAACAAGAUUCGAAGCAUGGCAAAGUGUCGCCUAAGGCGACCACUUUGGAAAACACAGCCCUCAAAAUCACGUUGAAUAGAGAUCAGCACCGUUCCGGACUAGCUGUCGCGGAAGAAGAGUGUCAGGAAUUGACCUUUGAGACGUCUCCAGAAACGACAAUUUCAAACCAACCGUCUAUAGAAGAGAACGAGAUUAUCCGAUUCAGCCCAUACACUGAGAAAAUAGGAUCGGAGCUUUCUCAGCAUGAUGAAGAUGCGUUUUGGGAACACCUUGGGGAGAAGAAAUCAGACUCACAGCUUCUGGACACCACCCGCCACGAAUCCAAUUGCCAUGAAACACAUCCAAAGGAUCUUGAGCAAAGAAGAAGUCUGGAAAAAAAAUGCACUGUUAAAGAUUCUAGUUGUGAAGUAGCAGUGGAUGAUUCUACACUGAGCUCUAGUGGUACUUCCAGUGACGAGUCAACAUCGUUCGAGAACUCAAUCUCUCAAUCCAAUUCUGAACGUCUCGAGAACGAUAAUGCUGAUAAUAAUGGCGUCGAUAGACCCAAGCCGAAUGAUCCUGUUGGCGAACUCUAUGAAUCUCAUUCUAACCCUCCAAUUAAACAAUUGUGUAUAUUGAAUGGUUCUCGUGCUCGAGUCACUGGACAGGAAAAUAUGGUCAAGAAUCCAAAAUCUACCGAAAAUGAUCCAGAAUCUAUUCAAGUCAACGAAAAUGUCGAUAUCAAGAUAAACGAGGCCAGUCUCAAGAAGACAGAAGAAUCUCUUAGUUUGAGAGAAAAGGAAAUUAAAGAUCUCGCUACUAUGAUCGAAAAUUUAAAGGAGCAGAAUUCUCUCGCAGAAGCCGCCGCUAAUCUCAACAUUGAGCAUCUUAACGAUUCAAUUUUGAUCCUAACAAAUGAGAAUAAAAAGCUACAAGAAGAGAAAGAAGAGACUAUGAACUCAUUACGAGAGCAAGAAAGACUCACAGAAGCAGCCCAAAGUCAAAUCUCAGCACUCAAUACUGAUGUAAAGUCUCUGUACGAUUUGCAAAAGAGCACUGAAGCCAGUUUUGAACAAUCAAAAAAGCAAUUGAACAAGUUGACGGAAGACUUGAAAGAAAUGGAACAUAAGAUCCGAGUCGCAGAAGAAUCAGCUUCGGCAAAGUCGUCUGAUCUUCAAACUACUAUCUCUAGACUUAAGAAAGACUUGAUUGAGUGCAAAGAAGAGGCCACGAAAACUUUACUGAGAAAAAACAAAGAAAUUGAGCGGGCCGUGAGCAGGUGUACUAUGUUCAAAGAAAGCCUCAACUCAUCUGUAACUGCUCAUGCAUUGGAACUUAAGAAGAAGGAUGAAGAAAUACUCGACGCUAGAAGAAACCUACAGGAGCAGCAAAGCUGCUUCAAACUGGCGGAGGUUUCUGCAAAGGCACAAGCCGAUUUUUUCCAAGAAUCCAUCUCCAAACUUGAAGAAGAACUCGAGCUGGUGACUAGCAAGCUCUGUCAUGAGUCGGCAAAACUAUUGGAGCAAAUCUAUCUCAACGAAAAAGCAAACGAAAAAAUUGAAUGUUUGACCACUAAAUUAAACUCCUCUAGAUCUUCACAAGAAGCUAGUGAGUUGCUUUUGCAGAAGAAAGAGGAAGAAACCAACAAUUUCAAAGUGCUUUUGAGAGAGCAGUACGAGAAGAAAUUAGAAUCCUUACAAGGCGAGCUUGAAAAUGAGUUGGAGGAAAAGAAUAUGCAAAAACGUGAAACUUUUAUCAUGCUGAAGGAUAUUCAGGACACGAAAGAAAAGCAUCAACAGAGUCUCCAAAUGCUUCUGCAAAAAGAGGAACAGUGCAACUCUUUAAUUCAAAAGAUUCUGGAGUUGGAUGUUGAGUUGAAAUUGUCCACCUUUUCUCAUAGUCUGGAAGUACAAGCAAAAACAGUUGAAAUCAAUCAAAUUAAAAUCAACUUAGAUGCUGCGGAGAAGAUGAAAGAAAAGUUACAAAAUGAUUUGGCUGCGAAAAAGCUCGAUGAGAAAUUGCAUUUAGAAAAGGUGGUGCUACUCGAACACACAAUUUCCAAACUUAGUUUGAAUUUGCAAGAUGAACAAGAAAACCUUGCAGAACAGAUAAAAUUGAAUGCAAAUAUCAAAGCUGAGCACGAGGCCAUGCUAGCCAAUUGCUUAAGUGCGAAUUCUAAUUUAGAGGAAUUGCUUUCAAAGAAUUCCUCGGAGAUACAAGAGAAGGAACGGAAAUUACAAAAGGUUGAGCUGGAUUUAGAGCAAGCAUGCAAGAGUAAUGCUCAGCUACUCGCGGAGCAAGAAUCAAUUUUGAAGGCAAUGUCCAUGAAAAAUAAGUUGGUUGAGGCUAUCAACAAGCAAACGAUCCACAAAGUUCUGAAGGACUUCGAGCGCUCAAGACAGGAAAAUGAUGAAUACAUCCGCUUAUUAGAGCAGUUCAAAAAUGAGCUUUCAAUGAAAAAAAAUGAGAUUGAGGUCCUAAAAGGGAAGCUUGAAACAGAACUGUUGGCGCAUACUACUGAAAUAGGCGAAAAGGCUCUAGAAGUUCAGGGUCUCCAAUUGAAAUUGAAUAGUCAGAGAAUUGCCGCUAGGGCUAAAUUAAAUGCUCAAAAAGCCAGAAUUUUUGCUCUACAAAACUAUCUUGAGGAAGCGAAUGAGCUACGCGAGGCUGACAAAGAAAAAAUUUCGAGCCUUAAAUUGAUUCAAAAAGCAGCAUGCCAAAUGAUUAUUAAGUUGAGUGAGAAGCUAAGAGAGAUUUCUGCAGAUGAAGAAAAGAUCCUUUUGGGUCUAAUUUUCGAAGAAUGGCUGACUAACAAGAAGUUGGGAGUAAGCCAAAUAAAAUUCAUUCUAGAUCAAGCAGGAGCUAUAAUUGAACAACAGAAUGGAUUGAUUUGUACCUUACAGCAAGAGCUCAGCCAAUUUAAGAAAUUACAGAAAGCGCUCAACCGGGGGAUGGUUCCUAGGUCAGAAAAGCGGUAA